AUGGUUGAUACAACCCAAAAUCCCCAUGCAAUCUUAGUAACCUACCCACUACAAGGCCAUCUAAUCCCGUCCGUUCAUCUAGCCAUCAAGCUUGCAUCAAGAGGCUUCACCAUCACAUUCAUCAACACUAAAUCCAUACACCAUCAGAUCUCGAGCACGGCCGAAGAUUCUGGCGAAGACAUCUUCGCUGCAGCCCGGAAAACGGGCCUCGAUAUUCGUUACACUACCGUCUCUGAUGGCCUUCCAUUAAAAUUUAACAGGUCACUCAAUCGGGAUAAGUUCAAUGCUUCAUUAUUGCAUGUUUUCUCCGCACAUGUAGAAGAGGCUGUUGAAGAGAUUGUGAAAGGUGCAGAACCUGCAGUGAGUUGCUUGAUUGCUGAUACAUUCUUUGUGUGGCCAGGGAAAAUGGCAAAGAAAUAUGGACUUCUAUAUAUUUCUUUCUGGGCAGAACCUGCUUUGAUUUUUACAUUAUAUUAUCAUCUCCAUCUUUUGAGGUUAAAUGGACAUUUUGGUUGCAUUGAUUUGCGUGAGGAUCCAAUCAAUUACAUCCCAGGCGUAGACUCACUAGAACCGAAAGAUUUGGCUUCAUAUCUUCAAGAGCCGAACACAACAACAGUGUGUCGUCGCAUCCUCUUUGGUGCAUUCGAUGAUGUAAGGGCAGCAAAUUAUGUGCUCUGCAACACAGUGCAAGAACUUGAACCUAAGACCAUAUCGGCCCUACAAGAGAGAAUAAAGUUUUUCGCAGUGGGGCCCAUCUUUCCACCCAGGUUUACAAAGAGCAUUGUCCCCACCAGUCUCUGGGCUGAGUCAGACUGCACCAGCUGGCUAGACUCCAAGCCACAUGGCUCAGUUUUGUUUGUGUCUUUUGGUAGCCAUGCAGAUAUUACAAAGAAUGAACUCGAAGAAAUAGCCCAUGGUCUUCUACAAAGCAAUGUGAAUUUUAUUUGGGUUCUAAGGCCUGAUUUAGUAACUUCUAAUGAUGAAAAAAAUCUAUUGCCAGAUGGGUUCCAGCAGGAGGAAACCGGUGAUCGAUCAAUGAUCGUGCCAUGGUGCUGUCAAAUACAAGUGUUGGCCCAUCCGGCCAUACGGGGGUUCUUGACACAUUGUGGUUGGAACUCAAUAUUGGAAAGCAUUUGGAGUCAAGUGCCAUUGCUAUGUUUCCCUCUGAAUACUGAUCAAUUCACUAAUCGAAAAUUAGUGGUUAAUGACUGGAAAAUCGGGAUUAAUUUAUGUGAAAGAAAGCCGGUAACGAGGGUUGAAGUUUCCAAGAAAAUUAAGCAACUAAUGAUGGGAAAAUCAGCUGAUGAGUUAAGCCAUGCAAUCAAGGAAGUGACCAAGACACUAGAACAAGCAGUAGCAACUGAUGGAUCAUCAGAAAAGAAUAUGGAUCAGUUCAUUCAAGAACUGACGGUUAAAAUUCAAAACAAGGGACGGCCUAUUGUUGCAAAACACUAA